UCAUUCCAUCAAAAAUGGGUGGAUUUUACUCUAAGAUUACUUGAAACAUAGAAAAAAAUGAUUUGUCUAUUAAAAAAAAAUAUAUUGCCUGUGGUACAGAGAGAGAAAACAAAUAGUGCGCUGUGACAUCCUCAUAACGUCAUAAUAUAAUUUCAUCACGAGUGUAUGCGAUUUCGUGUUUAUCGGCAAUUGUACAGCUAUUUCAGCAAAAUCAAUCGUUUAUUAUUUUGACAGUACUUAGCAACUACGAUUGCAGCGGAUUCGGACCCGCCCGCAUUUAUUGGUUACGGAGGAAUUUCGGAGUGGCAGCAUGCAUUAUAUUAUAUAGUACGUAAAAGUGUAAAACAAUACUAUUAUAAUUCCGUAAAGAGACGAGAUCGUCGUCCUCCACCCCGCCCGCCCUGAGCUAACCAUUCGCAGAAUUCGCGAGCCUGUGUCGAACAUGAUUUCGUACAAUACGCAAUAUAAUGACAUAAAAUAUGUAAGUAAUACCAUACUAUUUAUAAUCAAUGGUAAUACUUUAUCGCGAUGAAAUCGAUCUGUGAACGGGACCGGUUCGCGAAAACCCUCGAGCCAGACGCGCACGUGUCGAUGCGUGGACAAAAGGGCCGUCGCCGCCACGUGUGCCAGUCGCCAGACGCGAGGUCGUCGAUGGCGGGAAAUUCGCAGACAUUGUAUACAGUUUUGCAGAAGUGCUCUAUUUGUGUUCGCGUUUUCGGGCACGUGCCGGAAGGAAUAUAUUGUGCAGUGACCGGCCCAGACGGCGCUUCGUGGAAUUUUCGUCGAGAAACGACUUUUCGAGCUCAGGGGACGGUCUAUGCUAUAAUGACGAUUACACAGACAACGGGAAAAUUGUACAUUGUAAUCCGACCAACGAACGGUUCUAUUUCCCGAUUACGAAUGAGAAGAAAAAAAACAAUCCGAAUCAUCCAUUCGAAUCUUAUACCCACGUACUGUCAUUGGUAGUGUCAUUGUCACACCGAUCCGCAUG